CCUAACUAGCAUCUCAGCCUACUAAGGCCGUUUUGAAGACCACCCUGGCUGUGUCUUUUGUCAUGCUUCUCUCACGACCCUUGCGGGACAGGAAUACUGCCUACAGUCCAGUCCAUUCAGAUUUCCCAGAGUCCACUCCCAUAAACCCCUACCUCACAAUACGGAGCGGCCUUCCUAGCUUUAUCUCUUCUAGGCUUGGGGUCCCGCUAAAUUGAGAUAUAUUUUUCCACCCUAUAGGUGCAAGGCUCAGACAGGCAUGAACCUCCUCUCGGGCCCUCAUUCGCAUAUAUAUUCUUUGACCGCAAUCCAUUGUCAGGCAGAUUUCACUUCUCCAACCGACGUUGUCUUUGAAUAUCAUUUCAUGCUUUCCAUCACCUCUGGAAACACCAUCACCAUACUUGACCCUUUGAGCAACACCAACGCAUUAAGCUGACGUUGAUCAUCAACGUACGUUAAAGAGGCACGCACCUGCACCAACUGUUAUCAAACUUCACUUCACUGUUGUUCUUUCGCAGCCCCUCACACAAGUUUUGGUCGGACUGUGGUCCAAGUCACUAGUUUAUAUCCAAAGCACGGCCACCAAAAUGCCUCCCAACGCUGAGAAUACCUACAACACCCAACCGGCACGAAAUCUUCGUCAUAAUCACAACAUUAACAACAACCCUGAAACACCAUCCAGUGCAGUAUGUUUUCAAACUUAUUACUUAGGGGGAUCGAGGUACUCUUUCUCCAUCAUAACUAACAUCCCCAUAGGUUGCAUCUUGUAAUAUGCCAGCGGCUUACAAUACCAACCUGAUUACGCCAUCAUCUCCAUAUAUGCAGAGAACAGCUUCUCCUGUAAUACACAGAGAAAACUCGGUCAAGUUAUCGCCGUCACACCAGUUGCCUGUCUUUUCGCAGUUUCAUGACGACGAUGGUUACGGGGGCCCCAAAUUCAACGAGCCGAUGAAGUUCAAAGAUUCAAACCUCCAAAUAGCAAGUCCUGAUAGUGGCUUUACCGGAUCUCCCUGGAUUUGUGAAACCCCAUACUUUGGAUCUUAUGGAGUUUCGGCAACGAACAAUACACCAUCUGGAAGCACUUCUAUUUCAUCACUGCCAUCCAUCCAACCUCAUCAAAGUCCGGAUCUUAACUCUUUGGGCGGGUUCAGCAACGAAAGUCGAGAAUCACGUCAACUUACGCCCCAAAGUGUCUAUAGAACACAUCAAACGCCCAUUUUGAUCGCUCCAAACCCUGCAACGCUCCGCAAAGACUCAGGAGGAGUGUAUCGACAGAACUCCAUAAGUUCGACUUAUUCGCAAUCCUCUACCCCAAGAACCCCGAUGUCAUUUCACCAUCGGGAUAACUUCAAUACCCUUCGUUCCAAUGGGCCUCGGAAACGCAAGUCUCCUGAUAAUUGCAUAGAUCCGGAUACACUCUCGGUAGAUCUUACUGUAGAAGAAAGCCUUCUCCUCCAACUUACGGAUCGCAAGGAACAUUUACCUUGGAAGGAGGUUGCAAGUGUGUUUAAUGAGAAGAUGGGCAAGGGACUGAAGGUUCCAGCGUAAGCAACCAUUUCACAAAACCUUCCGAGUUAUUGAGUUUAGGAUCUGCAAUACUAAUAUGUUAUGUGCAGUUUGCAAAUGCGAAAGAAACGCCUGGUAUAUAUUCCCAUUUUCUUUCCCUAGUAGAAUACACUGUCUCCAAAUUUCCGCAACAGACAAACUAACUCGCAUUCUUCUCUCUUCAGUUGGAAAAAAUGAGUAAGCUUGCCCAUCUUUACUUUUCCAAGUCGAUUCAACUAGGGAGACGAACUCUUUGCUAACUUAAAUGAAGAAACAUGGCCUGAAGUUGAGGUACCGGAGCCUUACUUAUCCCGUUGUCUUCCCUGUUCCCCCCCUUCCUGAUGUUUGUCCCGACACCAUCACUAAUACCCCCACUAGGAACGGGCUUUACUUAUUGCUAUGCAAAACUAUGAGAAGAACAAAUGGUCCAACAUCGCACGCGAUAUGGCCAACCACGGAUCCACCGAAAAUUGGACGAAAGAUGCCGUGGAAAAGAAAUGGUAUGAGAUCCACCCGGAUUUCGAAGAAGCUGGUCGAUACCCUUUCAAGCACGAUUAUGAAUUCGGCGCGCGACAACACCAUGCCUAUCCUUCUUCUUGUCCACCUUCAACAUAUCCUAUGUAUAAUUAUUCGCCGGUUUUGGAGCAUCAUAAAUCAUACCCUUCGGACACUAUGUCCACUCGAGCAACGAACUACUAUGAUACCCAGCUUCCAUCUACACAUCCUCUUCACGCGGUACAGCAGGCUAAUCAAAGACUCCCUCUAAGACCGGGAACAGGAUCUUCUCUCUCGACAUCUUCUCCUCCCUCGACGGGGAAUCUACAUCAUCCGAACUUAAUAAAUUCCUCACCACCAAUCCACCCUCGUGAUCUAUCUCAUCGUCAUUCUUCUAUUUCUUCCUCUGUCCCGUCCAUGAUGAGUGGUGUUAGCACCGUCACAAUAGACGAGCUUCACGAGCGAGCUGAGGAGGAGAAUAGUACGCAGCAGGCUAUCUAUCAAGAGGAGAAGCAGAGAGUCUUUGAUGAGUUAAGGAAGACGGAAAGGAAGAAGGCUUUGCGGGAGGUUGGGGGACGAAGGAACUCGAAGGAUUUUACUGAGGUGAGGAAGGAGUCGGCUUGA